CUCCCUGCGUCCACCCUCGCCGUGCCGUCCGACGCAGCCGCAAAACACCACGACCCCUGUGCGGCCAUCGCCGGCAAGGAGUUCUUGAUCCCCUCUCAGGCACUCGCCUGCCACAAGUCGUUCGCGUUCAACGAGACGCUGCGCAAGAACGUGAUGGACAACGUCGCGCGCGUCUUCGACUUCUUCACGUUCGAGGACUACUACUACGAGUCCCCCGCGCCGUUCCAGCAGUCGACGGUCGACAUCCGGGGCGAAGUCGACCGUAUCAGUAAGGCCAAGUACGAGACCGAUUACGACUUCAACCGGGACCUGUACAACUUCACCACGUCUUUGAACGACGGUCACACUGGUUGGUUCCCUAGCUGCUACCUCACCAUCCAGUCCAUUCUCCCCGCGCCCUUGGUGUCAUUGGAGGAGAACGGCGAGCAGGAUGUCUACGUCGCCCCGGACUCCGUCGAGUUCAUCUCCCAGCUCGGCUCCGGCUAUACCGACGUCCUGGACGAACUCAAGUUCGACUGGAAGCGCAUUGCAGGCGCCAAAGUGCUUGAGAUCGAGGGCAAGAGCGCGUACGAUUAUGUCGACGAGAUCGCGAACAAGGUUUCCGGCAACUACCUCGAUCAUGGCAUCCGUGUCAACAGCGUCUUCUCCAGCUACCGUAUCCAGUCAAACGCGUUCAGCCAGCGUCUCGGAGAUGGUGCUGGACCCUCCUUCGCGGACCGUGACGGCAUCAAGAUGAAGCUUAUCCCUGCCAACUCUACCAAGUCGGAGACCGUCUGGGUUCCCUUCGUUGCUGACUACCUGGGCGCCAACUUCACCGACAAGGCGUCUUACUGGGAGAACAACUGCGUCGCCACUAACACGACUAACGGCCAGAACUACGCUACGGAGGGCGACGGUGAACGCCAGAGCACCGUGAGCCGGCCGCGCGCCAAGGCGAACGUGAUCGACAAACACCCGAGCAACGGUCUUGCCCUCCCUCCCCAGUACCAGCCCAACAUCAGCUCCACCGCCGGUUCCGAGGGUGUGAUCAAGUCCUACGUCCUUCCGGGCAACAAGACGGGUGUCAUGUUCGUCGGUUCGUUCGAGCCUGACGACUACGUCGGCUUCCAGUCGGACGUCGUCAACGCGAUCAAGGGUAUCAAGAAGGCUGGCGCCAAGAACCUCAUCAUCGACUUGACCAACAACGGCGGUGGAUACGUCUGCCUUGGUGUCUUCCUGCACCAGUACCUCGCUGGCUCCAAGUUCGGCUACGGAGGCUUCCAGUCGACGGCUCGUGCGAGCAAGCUGGCGCAGAAGAUCGUCGCGAACAACAUCAAGUUGAACCUCACCGGCAUCACCAACUACUCCCCCGUUGACUGGGCUUUCCUCAACGGCACCGCACAACCCGAGGACUACAACUACAUCAAGCCCUCUGUCAAGGUGACGAUCAACGGACGCUCUGACGCCACCUCGCAGCGCUUCGAGGACGUCUGCGAGCCCUACGACGUCGACCUACCCGAGGAUCCUCCGUUCGCCCUCGAGAACGUCAAGAUCGUCGGUAACGGCAACUGCGCCUCGACCUGCGCCAUGUUCAGCACGCUCAUGUACGAGAGGCACAACACCUCCGUCGCGAUCUUCGGCGGCAAGCCCGGGCGCAAGAUGCAGUUCAAGGGCAUGGCGGGCAACCAGGUGCUCGACUGGCCCGACCUUGACUCGGAGAUUAUCACCGCCAACCUGCAAGACGACCCCCUCGCGCCCCCGCCGAUCCUGGUCAACGGCAACAUGCGCGUCAACUGGCGAACUGCUUGGAGCUGGCUCGACGAGAAGACACCUAUCGCCUACAUGAACGAGCACGCCCAGCUUCGCUUCGCCUACACCAAGGACACGUACAACAACCCGCUCAACCUGUGGAAGUUCGCCGAACAGAAGCUCUAC